AUGUUCAAUCGUACACUUGCCGUGGCAGCUCGCCAGACUGCUCAGACUGUACGCAUCGCCCCAAGAUGCCUUUACUCUGUUCAGGCUACUGGAGAAACCAGACUUCCUGAUACCAGACGCCAUGACAAUAGACGCAAAGACUUUGCUGGCAACCUCAUCAAAAAGUUUACUGGCAAGUCUUUUCUUGUCCGUAGAGCUAAUGAGCCCAACGAAAGCAUGGUGCCCACUACUCUUGUUCGUAUUGAUUAUCUGCCUUCUACUGCUACUGCUGAAGAUAUCAGAAAGCUUGUACGUGAAGCUACCCAAAAGAAUGGCGAGAACAUUAAGGAGGUCGUAUUUUGCCGUACACCCACCUUCCAUUUCAAGGGUCGAUGCUUGGUUCACUUGAAUAACACUGAGGAUGCUGCUUCGUUGGUCAAGUAUGCUCACCGCAGAUUAUUGGCCGGUAAAGUACUUAACGCUGGAUUUGGUGGAGAAGGUAAUGAAGACAAUGUCUCUUCACUGUUGGCUGAAUCCCGUACACGUGAAUUGGGAUCUGUGGCCGAUGGAACAAACUAUUCGGGUCGUGCUGUUGAGAUUGUUGGCUUUCCUUUGAGAUCCACCGUUGAUCAUGUCAGUGGUAAACUGAGAUUUAAAAAUGUCUUCCCUAUUGAAGGUGUAGAUCAGAAUCUGGUUGAACUCAAGACUGCGGAAAGAUCAAGUGUAUCAAAGUUCUUGGUAAAAUUCGCAACAGAGGCAGAAGCAUGGCGAUGUGUCCGUACUUUCCACAACACUAGACACGUCCUUCGUGCAUCCCAUACAUACGAAUUCGAGCUGAGAGUAUCUGUCGUCUAUUAG